UGCAAUGAUAUAUCCAGUGUAGUGCAUGUGAUUGAAGGAGAGUGUUCAUUGACUGAUAUUGAACUGUUAGAAACUGUAGUUGAGGAAUUUGAAGUCCUUGAAGCCAAAAGAUACAUUCAACAAUAUAAAACAUCACUGGAAAAAUCGUGUCACUCACUGUCAGUUGAUUUUUGCUUGAAGGAGAAGUUUGAUGCUGUCAAUACAAGCCCUUCUCUUAAAUGUGAAACAGCAACUUAUGUCUUUGACUGGAGACCUGACGAGAAGAAAUUAAAAGAUAUUAUUGAUAUUUUAUCCAAGACAUCCGGUAAACUAGUGAAAAUAAAAUACAUCAAAGAAGGAAACUCCAUCACCAUCACUUGCUCCUUCCCUCGCUCUCUCACCGGAGCUCUCAUUAUAAAAUUGAGCGAGAAUCUUGAAUUAUUAAUAAAGAAUGGUCUGAUGAAACUUACUGUUGGAUACUGCACAAUAUGGAUGAAACAAAAGAUACAAGAAAUACAGGAACCACUGGAAGAGGAGGUACAGGAGAUAAAGGAACAACCUCAUGAUACAAAGGAAGAGAGAGUAGCAAGACUGGAGGAGAAAGAAACAGAAGAAGCAGCACCUCAAUCAGUAAUUAAUCAAGAUAUACUAUCAACUGAUACAAGUGUGACAAUGAUUAAUAGACAAUUAAUAAAAGAAAUAAAAUUAAACAAACAAUUAGAAGAAACACUAACAAAAAUGAGAGUAAAGGAAUUUCAAAAACUUCUGUCUUUACCAGGAAAUACUAGUUCAGCAUCAUACAGAAUCAGAAGAGGGAUGAGAAUGGAAACUGAACAAUUGCAAUUAUUAUUAACAAAUAAAACUGGUUUACUGGAUCAGAAUGAAUCAUUAAUAGAUAUUAAGAGAGAAAUAGCUGAACUACAAGAACAGAUAUCAGUAAUGAGUGUACAUAUACUAAAUAAAAGAAAAGAGAAUGAAAAAUAUAGAGAUGUAAUAAGAGAGUGGAGGGAACGACUUACAUUGACUUCAUCAGCUGCAAAAGAAAUUGAGACUGCUGAAUCAACAGAUAAAGAUGAUGAUAAAGUGAAUAAAAAAUCUGUUUUUAUUGCUCGUUAUGACUAUCAUGCAAUGAAGAGUAACGAAUUAUCAUUCAGUGAGGGAGAGCAGCUGGAGAUAUAUGAGAAGCAGAAUAGUUUAUGGUGGAAAGGAAGAUCCUUGGUGUCUGGUGAUGAGGGAGACAUUCCUAGUAGUUGUGUUUACUCAAUGUUGGAGUCACUUCAAUUGUUAGAGUUUAUACUGUCAGUGGAAGAUAUGUCCCUACCUAUUCUACAGAAGACUAUGAUAAGGAAUAAUUCAUCUAGUAAUGAUGAGAAAGCUUCUCUUUUCUUGGAGACUAUUAAUGAUGAUCCUAUAAUGAUACCUGCACUGAGACAAGAUAAGGAACUACAUGAUAAAGGGGACACUGGAUUUUUGGACUGGGGCAUUGUGAGUGUAUACCUUGAGUCUCCAUCUCCAGUUCAGUGUAAUGAAGUAAUUAGUAAUGUUAAUAAUAAUCAUGAGGAGAUUCACCUCCGCUCUUCAUCUACUAAUAGUACAGUAUCUUUACUAUCAUCAACUAAACUGCAUACACUAAACCUGAGGAGACUUGAGAUAUGGGGCACUCCAUUAACUAAUGAUUGUAUCCAGUACUUGUGUAUACUACUAACUAAUAAUAAAGCAAUGCAAGAACUAGACAUCAGGUUCCACUCCAUUAGUGAUAGAGGAGUUACUAAUAUCUGUCAAGCACUUGAACACAACUCUACACUUACCUCAUUAAAUCUUUCUGAUAAUCCUCUCAUCACUUCUACUAGUGGACUGGCUCUUUUUGAGCUUCUCCUCAAUAACUCAUCACUAGUUGAACUGAAUCUAAGGAAUACUUCAUUGUCUACUGAGUCAAUACUACUCAUCCUCCAGUCACUAAUGGAUAAUGAGAAGAUAAAGACACUCAUACUAGACAAGCGAUACAAAGAGAUUUUUAUUAAUAUGUAUCCCAACUAUCACCUCAUACAAAACAGAGUGUACUGGAGGUAACUAAUCACUCUUCAUGUGAACUUAUUAGUAAUCUCUUGAUAUAACAACGUCAGUUUAUCUUGACCAAGAAAGCAACCAAUCAGAAUACACUACUUUACAUGAUAAAAGGUGGACCAGUGACACAUUAUAUUAUCAUAAAUCUAACACAUGAACAUCUCUUGAUCUCUCAUCAAUCUCUCUCUCCUUCUCCAGUAUAUACUGUACAUUCCUUCUCUUACUGACACACACUCAUGUCACUGUCUCUCUCUUUGUUGUCAUCAUUUCUUUCUAUUUCCCUCUCCUUUAUUUCUAUCUCUCCCUCAGUCUUUAAUAACUUUUCUCUAGCUGACCUUCCAAGUCAGUAGUCUUGUUUCCAUUCUCUAUAUAUUUCUCUCAAAAAGGAGCAGAUAAAAAGAAA